AUGCAGAAGAUCAUCAGCGCGAGCAACGCGCGGACGCCUCUCGUUCUGAGGCCCAGCGCAGCCUUCGUGCUGCAGCACCUGCGGUCGGACGACGCGCCGGCCGACGCGCGCGGCCAGCGACAGGCCCUCGUCAACCGCGUCGUCCGCGGCAAGGACGGGAACGGAGGCGCCGACGGGCGGCGCGGCGGAUCCCAGGAGGGCGCGCGGGCCGGGACGUUCGGCGCGCCGAGCCGGUCCCCGCGCGGCGCGCUCGCCGCGUCCCCCGUCGAGCAGUCCGGGCACGGCCUCAUCGACGACGCCGACGAACAGCGCGCGGUUGAUGCGCUGCGCAACCUCCACGCGCACGCGUCGUCGCCGAGCAACGCGAAGCCCGCCGCGAAGGCGCACGCGAAGCAGGCCGCGCAGCAGGGCCCGAAGGAGCCCGCGGUGAUCGCGAAGGUCAUGGCCGAUGUGUACGCGCGCGCUGAGGCCGCACGUAUGUCGAGCAAGGCGGCAGCGACGGAAGCGAGGAACGCGGCGUACGAGAGCCGGCGCGCCGCCAAGGCGCCGCGCCCCGGCGGCCGGCCCCCGACGGGCGGCCGGGGGGGGUGGCAGAAGAAGAAACAAAACACCCCCCCUUCUUCCUUCCCCGGCGCGACCCCCGUGUCCGCGUACCAGUCGCUCGCGGGCCGGCAGUCCGGCGUCGACCUCUCCAGUCUCGGAAACCUCCUCGCCGGCCACGGCGCGGCGCAGCCGAGCGCUGCAUGGAGCACGCAGCUGCCCGCGCUGUCGCAGGAGCCCGCCCGCACAGCCGUGGCGCCGCGGCCGGCCAUCGUGCCGAUGCCGCGCACCUCGCUCCAGGAGCUCAUGUCCAAAGUCGUCAACGAGCGCCGCAGCGCGCCGCCGCCCGCGGCGCCCGCGACCGGCGUCCCCGUCCACUCCGCGGCGCACCGCCAAGUGCAGCAGGAGCAGGACGACGUGGAUCUGUUCUUGAUGUGA